GUGUGUUUGGGGAUACUCUGUGUCUUCCUGGUGGGGACCAUCACUGCCGUCAUCUACAUGAGUGUGAUAGUGGACAAACAGGAGGCAAAGCUCAGCAACAUCACGGCAGAAAAUCAGCAGCUGAUCGUGGCAAGGAACAUCUUACAGACAAAGACAGACGAGCUGAGCAUGAUAGUGGACGAACAGAAGGCAAAUCUCACCAACCUCACGGCAGAAAAUCAGCAGCUGAUCGUGGCGAGGAGCAUCUUACAGACAGAGACAGACAAGCUGAGUGUGAUAGUGGACGAACAGAAGGCAAAUCUCACCAACCUCACGGCAGAAAAUCAGCAGCUGAUCGUGGCGAGGAGCAUCUUACAGACAGAGACAGACAAGCUGAGUGUGAUAGUGGACGAACAGAAGGCAAAUCUCACCAACCUCACGGCAGAAAAUCAGCAGCUGAUCGUGGCGAGGAGCAUCUUACAGACAGAGACAGACAAGCUGAGCAGAAUCAAUGACAAGUUCAACUGGACCCUGAACACCAUCCUGAAUUUUGACAACUUUCCAGUAAAGAAAAACUGCCCAGAAAAGAAGUGUCGGCUGUGUAAGGAAAACUGGAUUCUGUUCCAGGAAAAGUGCUACCUGAUUGACCUCAGAGACUCUCCUUGGCUGACGUGGGAUGAGAGCCGAAAGCAGUGUCAGAAUUCCAAUGCAGAUCUGGUUGUUAUUGAUAGUCUGGAAGAACAGAAGUUCAUCAGUAAUCACAGCCAAUUCUAUUAUGACAAAUUCCAUGGAUACUGGAUUGGCUUAUAUAAAGAUCCUAAUGAAUCUUCUGAUGACCAAAAGUGGCUCUGGAUUAAUGGACGUAUUGACACUCUAAAGUACUGGUUGCAGGAACAGGACAUUGGUACCCCUGGUCCAUGUGUGAUGGUGAUCCCCAAAAAAAAUCCUUCAGCCAGCUGGGACACAGCAGACUGUAUAAUGCAGAACAGAUUCAUCUGUGAGAUGGACCCUGUGAUAUGGCCUAAUUAGUUACUGCAGUCUUCAUGUUGGGUACAAAAUAUUUUUUCCAAAACAGGAAAAUUGGAUCAUUUUGUCUACCUGUACUGUGUUGUAUACAAAGUUGUGUGAUUAUGUAUAUUUUUAGGUGUUUUUGGUGUCUUUUGGAACAGAAAUCUAGUUUGAAUGAAGCUGUAAAACAUGUAACUCUAAGAAAUGAUGACAAAACAAGACAAUAUCUAUUAGCAGGGGCGUAAAUAUAGACAGUGCGGGCAGUGAAGUCACACUGGGGGCCCGUGAAGCAGGCCAUUCAGCAAUGUGCUUGGUGGAGUGAUUCAGAUUUCCACCUUAAAAAUAAGUUAAAAAUAGUGCCAUCUGCUAUAUAUGUUCU